AUGAAUAGCACUGGUACAGCGCUCGCUGUGGGCGACGUCAAAUUUUCGCGACAGGAUGAUGUAUCUGAUGGUGAAUCACGUAACGAAAUUGGCGGGAUCCUUCGUCUGGCGGACAUAGGACAGCUGCUGUGGACAACACGGAUUCCGGUGGAUACUGGGGACAAUGAUAUAGUUGGAAUUUUAGAAGAAGUUGUGACCAGCGCCAUGUUGGAAAGAGAGGGCAGUGUAGGGAGUAGCCAGCGAAGAGGAGGCAGCGGAGGAGCUCCGCCGGACUUGCCAUUAUCACAGCGAUCAAGGUUAUCUCCAACAUCGGUUCAAGACAACCGUCCAAAAGAUGAGUCCGUUGUAUUAACCGCGACCAAUACACACAGACGUACAAACUCGAACACAAGUGCGGACAGUGAAACCGUAUCGCCUACUAAUCGCCAUUUGCAAAAGAAGGCGCGUGAAACUUUCACUUCCGAUAUGCGGGAGUCCUCCAGUCCUUCGUUGCCAUCAUCGCCGACGUCGCAUUUGCGCCGCGUGACGCCCUCAUCUCCGUCUCAAAUCACUGUUGAGGACACUUCUGUCACCCCUGAGAAGAGAGGCACCUUGUCUCCAAGUUAUGAACCACCCUCGUCGCCAUACACUGCCAAUGGAGGGUUGAGCGCCAGCAAAAUACGAGAAAUUAGUGAUGUGGCCGGCGGCUUUACUGCCCGUGUAUCCACGUUACAAUUGGGAGAAGACAACGACAGAGAGGCGCCGUUAGCCCUUCUUGGGCUCAUUGCGCUGGCUUCCUCGCUGAGGAUGCUAAACCUUACGUAUAUCGGAGAAUUGGGUUAA